AUGGACAAAAAUCAACGAAUUGUUAUCAUUGGAGCCGGCGUCUUCGGACUUGGAGCAGCUCUACGAUUCAAGGAAGAGGGUUAUACUUCAGUCACCGUCCUCGAUCGCUCUAUGCCACCGGUACCGGAUGGUUCGAGUAACGAUAUCUCUCGCAUCAUACGAUUCGACUAUGGUGAUGCUAUCUAUGCAGAAAUCGCCAGAGAGGCGUACGAGUUGUGGAAGACCGCAGAGUUCAAUGAUGCAUUUUACCCCACGCCAUGUCUCUGGGUAUGCCAGGAGGGUACUGCCGACCAACCAGUUCAGCCUCGAGCACAAGCGUAUAGCGCAAAGACCAAGCAAGUUCUGACUGAAAUGGGACAGCCAUGGCAUGCCGUGACGAGCGUGGAGUCAGCCAAGGAACGCUUUCCUGAACUCACGGGACGCUUGGCCACGACCGGUUUUGAUGGAUUCUACAAUACUAACGCCGGCUGGGCUGAUGCCGGCAAAGCUAUCGCUCGUCUUGCUGCCCGCUGUAUUCAUGCUGGGGUAUCAUUCAUGACUGGUCCCAAUGGCCACGUCACCGAAUUUGAGCAGAGUGCCGAUGGCAGCAUCAAGUGUGUUCGCACAGCUGAUCGCAACAGGGUGGAAGGUGAUAAGUUCAUCGUGGCUACGGGUGCAUGGACUCCCAGUUUGGUACCAGCAUGGAACUCAAUGCUCGCAGCCGGUCAGAUCGUCGGUUAUCUUCGACUCACUUCUGAAGAAGCCGUCCAACUGAAGAAGAUGCCUAUUUAUUUCAAUUUUUCAACUGGGUUCUUCUGCUUUCCGCCACACGGGGGCACUGGCUUUUUGAAGGUAGCCGUUCAUGGCUUUGGAUACACUCGGAAUGACGAGAAAGCGAAUGUGUCGUCACCUCCCACCAACUCCGUUGCAGCACGAGCCAAUUUUGUCCCGUCAGAGGGAUUGAAGAGGAUGGAAGCCGGUCUCCAAGAUCUCUUCCCCCAUCUCGCAUCGCGCGGCUUCGAGAGAACUGGAAUCUGCUGGUACAAUGAUACACCCACCGGUGACUUCAUCCUGGAUUACCAUCCUGAGCACAAGAAUCUUUUCAUCGCAACAGGUGGAAGUGGGCACGCAUUCAAAUUCCUGCCAGUGAUCGGAAAGUACAUCGUGGGCAGCUUCGAGCGUAAGCUUCCACAGAACCUUCUCAACAAGUGGAAGUUCCCAACGCAAUUCCGCGAGCGUUUCCAGGGAGAAGUCUUUGGUGGCGAUGGGAGUCGCGGUGGUCCCGAGCGCCGGGAGUUGACUUCCAAAGAGCGGAUCACCUUCGACUCUGCUUUAGCAGCUUCUGUCAGACAGAGCAAGAUCUAA